AUGCGUUUCUCUGACGUCAUGCUCUCUGCGAGCUUUGUCGGCCUCGCAGCUGCGGAGCCUUUGCCAACUCGUCCCGCGUACCACCUCUGCUCGCCUGGCCAUGACGGCGUGCACUGCAUCCCCCUCGAUCGCUCUCCUUCGACGACUACCUCUUGGUCAACCACUACCUCAACGUUUACCGCCGGCCCGGUGACGACGACGACGGAGACCAUCCCCGUUCCGAUCGGCACAGUCUACAUCUACGAGCCGACCAGUGCCGCCUCCCGCAGAUACAGCGUGCCCGGACUGUUCAUGCUGCCACACCGCAUCUUGGGACUGAUGGCCGGCGCGCAACGAGCCGCUGCAGACAAAGCCACCAAGACAGUUGAGAAGUUGAGCACCCGGUGGACGACGCAGACGGCUCAUGCCUUUUACCCUGUCACGACUGAAACCAGACCGGCGGCCACGGAAGUCGUUGAGGCUUCUCCGUCGACUUCAACCAAGACGAAGACAGUUCAUGCCUUUUACCCUGUCACGACUGAAGUCACACCGGCGACCACGGAAGUCUUGAUGCCUUCUCCGUCGACUUCAACCAAGACCGUGAUAGGAAUCGACUUCGAACGGGGAACCAAGUUCGUACUGUCUCCUGCGGAUGAACUCUCCGUCGAGACUGUGCCAUCAACAGCCAUGAUCCCUUCGGCUGGACCUGUGGCCACUCCUCUUGUCCCGGUCAAGACUGAGACCUUUUGGGGUACCAAGACUGAGACCGCUUGGGAGGGCAUCCGCGUCCCUGGAACCAUCGUCAGCCCUGAACCCACGGUCACGUCGACUAACAUUGUCGAGUCAACUACCACAACGACACAGAGCUGGCCCUACACCAAGACGACGAAUGUCGGAACUGUCACUCUGACAUCCAAUUCUGGGGCCACUCGAACUGCACAGCCACCUAAGGUCUUCAGUCUCCUUGGGUCUUUGCUCAAGAAGUGA